GCCCGUGGCGUUCCCCACUUAGGCGCGGCCGACGACCCGGCUUCCCUGCCGCCGGCCCGGCGGAGCUGCAGACGGUGUCCCGCGAGAGGCGGAGCCGCUCCCAAGAUGUCGCAGACGGCCAUGUCCGAGACCUACGAUUUUUUGUUUAAAUUCUUGGUUAUUGGGAACGCGGGGACUGGCAAGUCUUGCUUGCUUCAUCAGUUUAUUGAAAAAAAAUUCAAAGAUGACUCAAAUCACACAAUAGGAGUGGAAUUUGGCUCAAAGAUAAUAAAUGUUGGUGGUAAAUAUGUAAAGUUACAGAUAUGGGACACAGCAGGCCAAGAGCGAUUCAGGUCUGUGACAAGAAGCUACUACAGGGGUGCGGCAGGGGCGCUGCUCGUCUACGACAUCACCAGCCGAGAAACCUACAAUGCGCUUACUAAUUGGUUAACAGAUGCCAGAAUGCUCGCGAGUCAGAGCAUCGUCAUCAUCCUCUGUGGGAACAAGAAGGACCUGGACCCCGAUCGGGAAGUCACUUUCCUAGAAGCCUCCCGAUUUGCUCAGGAAAAUGAGCUGAUGUUUCUGGAAACAAGCGCACUAACCGGGGAGAACGUGGAAGAGGCCUUUGUACAGUGUGCGAGAAAAAUACUUAACAAAAUUGAAUCAGGUGAGCUGGACCCAGAAAGAAUGGGCUCAGGUAUUCAGUAUGGAGAUGCUGCCUUGAGACAGCUGCGGUCUCCACGCCGCGCACAGGCCCCGAGCGCACAGGAGUGUGGCUGCUGAAGCAGCACUGGGUGCACAGGUGUUCAUACAGUGGUAUUUGGGACACAGUUGUUGGAGCUUCAAGAAGUUUUUUUUUUUAACCACCACCUUUUUCUACUUUAAAUGGAAGUAGAUCUUUGCGUAAAAAAAAAUAAUUUGGGUUGUUAUGCAAGCUAGUAGAUGUGGCACAGCAAACGUAUAAUAAAUCCAGUUCAGUGGACAAGACCAUUAAAUGUACACACGUAUGUAAAAAUGUUCUGUUCCGUAUUCGCCCUUUCACCCCGGUUUGAAUCCUGGCUGUGUGCUGUAUAUAUGCUACUCCAGUACGUCUCCACAGCAUGGUAUCUGAUGUGUGGUAUGAUCGAUAGAGCGUUGCACUAAAUGCAGUCUAAUACUUUAUUUUUUUUAAUCGUCUGGACUAAAAUCUGUUCAUUGUGAGGUGUGCUUUGAUCAUCGUGUCGGUUAUAUUGCACAGUUGGUUAUGUUUAUGACCUGAUAUUCAGAGACUCUGGCAUUGAUCGCCAAUGCAGUGCGUAGUUAAUUCCAUUCACCACAGUCCACAAGGUGUUAUGCGAGCCACACUCGAAACACUAGAUCAGUAGUUACUCACAUACCAAAACAAAAUGCAAAAUG